AUGGAAUCCAUGUGCUUAAAAAGUGAACUGGAUCUUUUUACAUCUUCACCAACACAACUUGCCAUUGAAGAAUCCUCAUUUUUAGAAAUUCAUCCUGUGGCUUCGCUGAAUGAUAAAACUCCGAUAGAGUUUUAUAUAAGUGGAAAUGGAGAGCAUUAUCUAGAUUUGGCACAUACUCUUAUACAUAUACAGGCAAAGAUUGUGAAAAAAAACGGACACGAUUUAACAGAAACAGAUGAUGUUGCUCCGAUCAAUUAUUUCCUAAACACUAUGUUUUCCGAGUGCAGUGUUUACCUCAAUGACAGACAAAUUUCUUCACAGGGAAAUUACGCAUAUCGUUCAAUCCUCGAAAGCCUUUUAUUUUCUUCUAAAUCUAGCCAAGAGAAUAUGUUAACAUCCUCAUUGUUUUAUAAAGAUACGGCAUCACAACAUAAUGUAUUUGGCAAAAAUUCAACCAACUCAGGAUACAAGAAGCGACACGAAAUUUGUGCUAAAAGCAAUUUAAUGGAUUUAAUAGGACCUCUUCAUUUUGAUUUAGCUACUCAGCCGAAGCUACUGAUUAACGGUGUUAAUGUGCGCAUCAAAUUAGAACAAAACAAAGACAUUUUUUCUUUGAUGUCCAAAGACGACGAAUUUAAAACUGUGAUUCAUUCUGCAAAAUUAUACGUUCGUAAGGUAAACGUCUCACCUUCCGUUUUUCUGGCGCAUGAAAAAGCGUUAGAAAGUGGCGUGAUUAAAAUGCCAAUACGUCGAAUAGAAGUUAAGACCUUUGCUCUAUCAUAUGGACUACAAUCGACAACAAUAGCGAAUGCAUUUAUUGGGCAGCUACCAACGCGCAUCAUUUUAGGUUUUUUUAUCAAAUGA